GUUUAGCUGUCAUCUUAGGAUCUUAGAGGAAGAUACACACAAGCUCUGGCUGGUUGAAAUUACAGUAAAAAAGACGCGACCAUUUCGCGUGCAAAUAGUGCCCCCCCCCCGUUCGUUUCGCGUGCUGGAGGCAGUACGUUUGCAUCGGCAGCAGACACGGCACAGUACGUGAGUGUUGGUGCGCGCGCCCGAGUGUUUGUGUGUGGUGGGUUCUUUUGUAUAGUGUUGUGUGAUUGCGUGCAUAAGAGCCAGGACGACGGUUGCUGCGGGGCAUCUAUCUUCUGAAAGGGUAGUCAGAAAAUGGGAAAAGGUUUUGUGUAAAAUAGUGAUAUCUUGCUGUGUCCGACAGGCGUGUCCGGCUACUUUCUGGAGCAACACGAUCGCUAGGCAGGGAAGCACAAGCGAAACCGCAUUGGAGUGUAAAGAGUGUGGCCAAAAAGCCUACAAAAGUGUAUCUGCUGCUGCUGCCAAAGUGUCUGCCACUGUAAAGGAAAAGUUGCAACGAAUCAGCAGUUGUGUGUGUGUGUGUGUAUGACGAGAGCGCGCGUGUGUUUAUAUAAUUAAAAGGCAUCUUUUGGCCACAGUCUGCUGUGUCAACAGUGUGUGUGCGUGUGUGUGUCUGGCCCCACGCAACGGCUCAAUAGGGUGUCAAGUGAAAAAGUGUUGCCAAUAUUCAGCUAGAGGGCAGUUCUCCAAUCAGCGUGUGUGUGUCUCUCCCACGUGUUGUUGUGGUUGUUGGUCGAAAGCAAGUCCAAGGGAUAAAGGGCAACGAGAAGCGAUCUGUCCCAGCCAGGAUAACAAAACCACACAUCCACGCAAGAGUUGCAAGCGGCUGUUGCGAGGACUGUUGGGCACAGAUACAGAGCACCGAGCAAAACAACACACACCACCUACUAGGAUCGACAACAAUAUCCAAGCCUUCCACGUAGUCGAUAGCCGCCGUCGUUGUCGUCGUCGUCGCUGCUGCUCGGUUCCCGGAGCCCAUGUACAGUUACAAAAAUGGUGAAAACAGUGCUGCUACCCCAAAAUAUUAGUAUAUUCGAGAUUUCUAAUCAUGACCGAGGCAUAUGAAGAUGAUUUCUUAGUUAGAGUACGCGCACAAGUGAUGGCCAGAGAUGAGAGCACGGAAGGAUGGUUACCACUGCAAGGCGGUGGCCUGGCGAACGUUUCCAUCCGCAAACGCGCCCGACUGCCACCGGACGGUGGCGGUCACGAGUACAUCAUCUACGGGCAAAGAAUAUCUGACCAAACCGUUAUACUAAGUUGUGUUAUUAAUAGAGACUUGCAGUACUUCAAAGUCAUGCCUACCUUUCAUCAUUGGCGCGCUGGAAAGCAACGGAACGGGCUCACCUUUCAGACCGCCGCCGAUGCGAGGGCUUUCGACAAGGGAAUCAUCCGUGCCUACGAUGACCUCAUUGAUGGUAUGGCUGAUGCAACGACACCAAACACCUCGAACCGUGUCGGUUCCCCCCAUCCCACCGGUUCGUCGGACGAUCCCGCCACCGAACUGCUGCUCCCGUUACGUGCUACGACGGCGGUGGACACCGAUGGUGACGCUGGUGGCGGCUACAACGACGACGACAACGACGACGAUGAAACAGUUGGUGAAGACGACGUGUUCAUGACGCUGGACUUACCGAUUGAACCUUCGGAAUCACGAUCCAACUCGGAAGGCAGUGGAAGCCAUCAAAGCGUCGAUAAACAAUCACAACAGCAGCAGCAGCAGCAGCAAUCCAGUAUUCAAUACAUAUCGGGCGAUAAACCAUCACCGCUGAUCAGCAGCAGCAAGCCUGGUGAUGAAAAAGUGACUCCUCUAGUACCUGGUGAUAACUAUUCGUACGUUCAGAUAACCGACCAGCCGUGCGACAUCAAGCUAAAGUAUAAUUUCUAUCACUUGAAGGUGCACGACUAUAACUAUCCGGUCAUCGAAGAACCACCGAUCGGCGGCUCACUCAUCGGCGGGCGACGCGAUUCGACCUCGAGUCUCAAGAAACGGAACGCCCUGGACGCUGCCGCUAAUGCCGGGGCCACCUCCGUACCGCCCAUCAUGAAGGAAGGCACGCUCAUCAAGACACGGCUCCGGUGCAGAUACUGUCAGGAGUUUUACAACGAUGAGUGGAACCACAAGGGGUCGUGCGAUUAUGCGCCCGACUGCGUCCGGACGGCGAUCGAGAACGUGUCCGGGAUGCCGUGCGCCCGGUGCAUGCUGUACCACUGCAUGAAGGACUCGGAGGGUGAAACGGCAUCACAUCCGUGCCUGUGCACCGGCGAGUCUGGCUGCACGAAGCGGUGGAUCGGGCUGACGUUACUUUCCCUGCUGGUGCCAUGCCUUUGGUGCUAUCCGCCAUUGCGUGCUUGCCACUGGAUCGGCGUUCACUGUCGGUUGUGCGGUGGCAAGCACAAACCACAAAUUUGACAUCCGAUCAAAAUCAUUAACCUUACAAGUAUUAAUCGGCUAGAUUGAUAAUCGCCAUAAAGUGUGCAGCUCUCGACGAUAGCAGUAGGAGGAAAACGGAAAGUGUAGUGUAAUAGGAUCACCUUCGGUGCGCAACAGCAGCAGAAGCAGCAGCAGCAGCAGCAAAAUACUUAUAACGGUUAUGAGACACACGAGAAGGAAGGGAGGAGGUGAUUUGAAUCCGCUUUUUGCAACGGAUUGUGUGCAAAUACACAUACCCCUCCGCGGACCCCCCGCGCAAGGACAAUGGGGCAGCAUACAGACACAUUCACACAGACACACAGACGCAUAUACAGACAGAAAAGAAAGAAGAAGGAACAAUCUUUUCCCCUACAUUCAAUCCGAGGAAUAGAAGGUAAUAGUAGUGAUAAGGAAAAGAAGCUGGAAAGCGUUCCAAUCCCACUGUCUGUGGGAGAGAUUCGAAAAGGGGGACUGCUGGUGGCCAUUAGUAGUAGGGGGGGCAGAGGUUUUGUGUAGAAGCAGGCAGAACAAACGCCUACAGGACAAUGGCGCAGUGUCGGCGCAGCAGACAGAAAAACACCAAUACCACCCCCCAAACCAGCAUCUGCUACAGAACACCGUCAAUAAUUAACCAAAGUUUUGCACGAGUGCGCAGUUGCGCAAUUGUGUCGAUCCAGGAUUGAGCUGUUUCGUGUUUUUCUAGCAGAAACCGUAAAAACGGGAAAUCGGAACUAGUGAAUGUUUUCUAAGGAACAGGUUACGGAAAUUCAAUGUAGCGAAACACAAAACCCAGACAAAAGAGAGGAGAAACGAUUGUUUAGGAAGCACACAUGUGGCAUAGAAAUAAAGUUACGCCAACGCGCGCCGAUUGCGCGAGAUUCGUAAUACAAAGCUGCAGCAACAGAAUCCAUUCGAAACGGAAAGACGAAUGCGGAAGCGGAUGCAAAAUGCAUUUCGAUGGGCGAUCAGGCUUGAGAAAGAGCACAACCCCCGAUGUCACCAGCCGGUGGUGAUGGUGUGAAAAACGACUGUUUCAAACCGUUUUUUGCAAAGGCGAAACACGCAAAAACAACCACAAAAAACAUAGUAAAUCAAACCUCCAACAAAUAAAUGAACCCAGUUUGCUACUACUGCUACUACUAAACUCUAAAACAGAACAAAAACUAAACUAAACUACCGAAUGUACCAUGUACGAAACUUUGUAUAGAACGUCCUCGCCCUUUUCCCCCCUUUGCAAAGAAAAACAGAACACAUGAACUACUGGAGAAAACACAGAACUUAAACCGCGGUUGUUAGCAGUGAAAUGGAAGAUACAAAAAACAACAAGACACAAAUAAUGCAGUUCACUCCCGUUUAGAAGUAGAAACUGUAUCACCGUAAGAGACAUCCUUACCGGCACAAUGAUACACACCAAACAAAAAUGAAGAUUAAAGUGAAAUUAUGUUUCUCCUCUUACUUUGCGUGGAGUGGAGUGUCACGCAACGGGUGAGUUUGUGGCCAUGCAGUUUACGAUUGUUAAUUCAUAUCGAUUCAAUCUUUAUGAUGAACCCUCCUUUUUACGAAAGCGAAAUCGUUACCACGUUGUUGUGCUUCUAUUUCCACACAAUCUCGAAGAACGAGAAGAGAGGAGGGACUUUAUUUAGUUCGGAAGCUCUCCCAGUGCUCUACAAUAGCUGCUGGUAUGCGUCGUUCAAUCGCACCGGAAAUAUUAAACCAUUUCGGAGACAUUUAUGUGACUGUUUAAAUGAUCUAUUCAAGAUGAAAUUUAAUAAGCAACGCAAACACGACGAGAACUUCUUUCGUACGUGUGUUGCUGUGCUUCACUGUUUCGUACGAAUCGAUGUUACUUUACGGGAAUUACUUUGUUCUAAAAAAGGUGCAGUCUAGUAUUAUUUUAUUGCGAGCUGAUUUUAACAUAAUUCAUCCGUUCCACUCAAUUCCUCGACAUACAUUGCAGGGGGGGUUACAUACCCCACCUAAAGCGAAUGUUUGACCGCCGUUGUUGACCCCUUGCGUUGCGCGUUAGUUAAGAACACACACAACUGCACUCACACAAAUCAUUAAGUGUGAAUGCACGAAUGCUGCUUUCGUUAGUAUAUGAAAAGUUCUAAACGUUUCCUUGCGUCCGAGAGAUUGUUACUUUAUCUAUACAAAAAAAAGAAGAAGAAAACAAUGAUAUUAUUAUGCACAUGCGCAGCGUUGCAUUUGUUGGCAGUUGAUGGCAGCAAAACAGAUCAAUCGUGUCGCGCUCGUUCGAUUUUUUGGUCCGAUAAGUUUUUGCCACGUUUUCAGUGGAGAAAUUAUUACACACACCUUCAGACGAGAAGCUAAUCAGCUUGUUUAUGUUUUUCCACCCGCUCCCCCCAAAAUUGUUUCGUCUAGUGUUAAUAUCGGCGAUCGUGUUGUACAUUACCAGUGCGUAUUUAAAACAAAAUGGAAAACCAAAAUUAAAGGGAAAACACAAUAAGAAACCAAAAACUCUGAUCGCUGUAAAACUGAUAGAUAAGCUGUUUGAUGAUGAUGAUGAGGAGAAGGAGGAGAAGCAAACGAAAUAGCUACAAAAAGGAGCACGAAAACCAAGCUCGAUAAUGAUAAGAAAGCGCAACAGUGGCGUACCAUCACCACGUGGCGCUGUGGCUUCCUGUCCCCUGUGUGUUCAUUUUGCGUGGGAUUCGCUUCCCACCAUGAUGCACUCGGGAGGGGGAUCGGUGAAAGCCGCCAUGGCCAUAAAAUGCAGAAUCUGUUUUCCAUCCCGUUAAAUUCCCCCCCAUUUUUUCCUUCUUUUCGUUCAAGAAAAGCGUAUUAGCGUCCCCGAGGGUCAAGAAAGGUCCCGCGAGCAGUGGUGGAGAUACUCGAGCUUGCCGAGGGCACCAAAGCAUCCGGUCGAACUGUUGUAAGGGCUCAAUAAUGGUUCGAUUGAUGCUUUAAACGUCCCAGCGCAGUGCGAGCCUACACGCUCCGUUUGCCGGGUUUGCCCUUCGAAUCCCCGAAAAGCUGAAAACGUAUAAAGUCGUUGAUCGAAUUUGCAAAGAUCAAUAAGAAGAAGAUGAUGAGGAUACGGAAAGAAUUUAUAUAUAUAGUCGUGCAAAUAUCUAUAAAGAAAGUAGAUAAUAUAUAAAACCAUGCAGCAGCAGCAGAAGAAAAAGGUCGAUCACACAACACAUUCGAGCAAAGCAGGAAUGCAAUGAAUCACGCAUUGGCACUCACAAACCAUCUCCCCCAUCAAAGCAAAAAAAACCAUACCAGUGACGAUUCAGAAAAUGCCAUUUUCGAACCAGCAUUCGAAGCAAGAACAAAUAAUUUAAAUGGAAAAACACAACACAAAACAAAACACAUGGCACGUGCAGGCGCGUUCAGGCGAACCAUUACUGUUGCGCGCCAUUACUACACGUGUCGUGUACACGACGGUACAACAUAAUGUAUGUAUUCUUAUUCAAAAUAUUCAUGUUUUACUGUUGUAUCGAUACACAACCAAACAAGAAAUGGGAAAAUGUGUGUGUCUGUGUGUGAGUAUUUAAUAAAUGGUGCAGUGUAAACCACGGGCACCACACUCACGCAAAGGUAGGGCUAAUGCAAAUCGUUAGUGUCGUGUGUCAGUGCGCGACACCUCAUAAAGACUAAAAUGUGGUGUGCCGAAAGGGAGAAGAAAACUGCAACCGACACCGUGACCGAUUCAAACGAUAAUACCACAGGCAGCAGUUACGAAAGCAGCACACUUCAUUUGCCAUUUUGCAGCUACUUAAUCAUCUAAAAAAGAGGAGAAAACAAAACACUAAAAGCUUAUUACCCGUUAGCAUAGAGAAAGGAAGAAAGCCAUGAGAGACACGGAGUGUCAAGGAACGGAAAGCGGAACCUACGGAUCACGCGAAUAAAGUGAUCCUGCGAAAGGAGGUGGAAAAUAAUAUGUAAUAAUAAUGAAAUACAACAAACAUGCAGAAAACAAAAGAAACAAAUGCGCGUGCAGCCCUUUUGUGGCGUGAUGUGUGUACAAUUGUGUAAUGGAAAUGAAUUGAAAUUUGAGGAUUUCUUUCAAUUGAUUUCUUUUCCGAAACCAAUACACAUCCCACACGACGCCGACGAUUACCGGCUCUCGGCCGGGUAAAGGCAAAUGCACCGGACCCCGAUAGACACAUCCCCCCCACACACACUCCCUCUCUCUCUUUCUCUCAGAAAAGAGCAACGGAAAACGGCAUUAAGCGCUGCGCAGCAGUGUGCGCUGUUGUGCCCAUUAUAAAUAUAUGCAAAUAAUAUAUAAAUUAUAUUGAAAAAACAGAACAGAACAGAACAGAAACCAUUAUAAAAGUAAAGCAGAGUAAAUCUCAAACCCCCGCGAAACAUGGAUUAUAAUAGGAACGAGGUGUGACAGAGAGAAAGUGUGGUGUGUGCGGGUGCGACGGCUGGCUGGUGCACGUGCACUUGCACGGCAAGCCCUAGCGGCCAUUUUAAGGGCCAGUGCCGGCGCCACCAGCCGUCUGCACAGGCCACUGGUGUGGAGUGUGUGUGGAGUGUCGGAUGCUGAAAUAGCAAAACGUUCGACAGAAAAUAUAUAAAACAGAUGAAAGCAAGAUGUGGAGAAUAAGAGAAACUGAGGAAAAAAAGAGAAAACGAUAUUUGUAAAAAGCAAAUAUUUAUAAUUCUAAUAAAUUAU